CUUUCUGAUAGGGACUCUGGUGGGGAAGUUGAAUUCGAACCGCUUGUCACAUAUCAAACUCUUCGAAAAGAAUGGAGAACCAGCGGGGGUCUCGAGCCAAAGAAGAAACUAAACCCGAACAGACAAGGAAUCUUCCGAAUUCAAGCGACGGAAAGAGGAAACACACUCGUUUGUCCCGGUCUGAAAAUCAGGGUCCUGAAGAAAAAGGUCUUUUGUGUCAUGAUCGGACCUCUCAGGGCAUUAGAGGAGAGAAGGUUUGGUUCAACCGCAGCGUUUAUGAGCAAGCAGACGAUGCUUAUCAAACCUUGUUGAGCGCAGGGACCGGGAAACCUCUGGUUUCCUCUUCCCCAAAAGAUCGAAUUCCCCGCACCCUGGUCUUCAGGGCUAAACGCAACGGUGCGCAACAACUGCAAGAGGAGGAGAACCAAACGUACACCCGUUCUUAUGCAUCACGUCAACAGCAGCGGGGUUCAACCCACCAGCGCUCCUUGUCUGAACCCGAUCGGCAGCUCCCAAAAAGUAGCAGGAAGAGGGUCUUCUCUGAGACUGAACGUGCCCCUCAGAAAAGAGACAACAUCACAAUGAGUGGACUUCAAGGACUUGCCCAGGAGAACAUCUGGUUUGACAAGUCCAGAUACGACGAGGCCGAGAGACGCUUCUAUGAGGGCAUGAACGGCAUCCCUCAGACACCUCAGGAGAAAGAUGCUAGUGCCAUCCUGCAGGACAUUGCUAAAGCCCGACAGAAUAUCCAGCAAUCCCUAGCCGGAGCGAAGACCGCUCUGCAGAGUAAUAAAGGGCACACUCGCACUCAAAAAACGCGGGAGAGGAAGACCAGUCAGAAUGCCAGCAAGUCUGAGGAUCAGAGUGAGCUUGUCUCUCGUAUGAAGAGUUUGGAACUGGAAAACAAGAAUCUGUACAAAGUGGUGGAUGAUCUGAGAGCAGUUCUGUCCAAACUGGAGUCCAGAAUGGCUGUACUGGAGAAGAGCCAAGCGCCGGUUUCAAAGACUGUUACUUUCACCAAGACUGCUCCUGUCCAGAAACCCAAGGUUGAGGAACAUAAUGGCGCUGACGAUGACGACAUUGACCUCUUUGGCAGUGAUGAGGAAGAUGAGGAGGCAGAGCGUAUCAAAGCAGAGAGGGUGAAGGAAUACGCCCAGAGGAAAUCCAAAAAACCAGCCCUCAUCGCCAAAUCCUCCAUCCUGCUGGACGUCAAACCUUGGGACGAUGAGACAGAUAUGUCCAAGCUGGAAGAGUGUGUGCGCUCCGUACAGAUGGAUGGCCUCCUGUGGGGAGCUUCUAAACUGGUUCCUGUCGGCUACGGCAUCAAAAAGCUGCAGAUCAACUGUGUCGUAGAAGACGAUAAAGUGGGAACAGACAUUCUGGAAGAGGAGAUCACCAAAUUUGAGGACUAUGUCCAGAGUGUUGACAUUGCUGCCUUUAACAAGAUCUGAGCCUCUCACCUUCAUCUCCAUUUCUCACUGGGUUACUGCUGCUUUUAUAUCACACAGUUACCAAUAAACUGUUCAGCCACGUGAACCAA